CAGACCCCGUCCUCUUUCCUCGGCAGCAGGAAAGGCCGAGAAAAGGGAGAAAAGGGGGCCAGGCUGUCCUCUUAGCCCGUCCCCUUCUCUGCAGCCAGGCUUGUGCUAUAAUAAGAGUCCCUCUUUGGCAGCUGUUUGGGUCCUUGGCUGCCUGCCACUUUCCAAGCAGCUGAAAAAUAAAAAGGGAGCCUGUUGCUGCCUCCAUUUCCCACGUCGGCUGCAGCUCCGUCUCGGCCCCACGAUGCUGUCACUGAUGUCCAUGCGCUUGGGCAUCCUGAGCAGAAGAGGAGCCCUCAGCGCCGUUGCCAUCCGAACGGCGCAUGGUCACGGCGGACAUGUCACCACCCAGGAGGACCUCUCCGUGCCCCUUUACUAUGACAAGCGCAGUUAUCCGCUGCCAGACACCCCGUUUUGCAAGGAUCUGGAUGUCACGCAGAAGGCCCUCAAGGAGAAGGAGAAAGGCUCCUGGGCACAGCUGAGCAACGAGGAGAAAGUGGCCUUGUACCGAAUAAAGUUCCACCAGACCUUCAGCGAGAUGAACAAGCCCAGCAACGAAUGGAAGACCGUCCUGGGAGGGAUCUUCUUCUUCUUUGGCGUCACCGGAUUAAUCGUUUGGUGGCAACGGAAGUUUGUGUUCCCUCCCAAGCCGCACACGCUGUCAGACGAGUGGAAGGCGAUGCAAGUACAGCGCAUGCUGGACAUGCACAUUAACCCUGUGCAGGGCUUCGCGGCCAAGUGGGAUUACGAGAAGAAGGAGUGGAAGAAGUAGGAGCGGAAGAGGAAGAGAAUCCAAGGAAGGAUCACCUGGCAUCCUGGCCCUCCACUGUGACUUGGUCACUCAGGGGAAGCAGAUCUCCUGCUGCCAACUCACUCACCUGUCCACCUUUAAUUCCUCCUUCUGGAUCGCUUUCCUGUGGUUCGGGCCUUUUCCGUCCAGUUUUCCGGCCUCCUUUCCUUGGAUCUUGCUUUCUUGCUGCCAUAUUUGAAGAAGUCAAGCCAGACAGGAAAGUGUUCAGACCUAAACCCCUUUGUGUGGCCUUUGUUCAGUUGGCACCUCUUUAAAAUGGUCUUCUCUGCGCACAAUAAAACACUACAUAGAA